AUGCGGCCAGAGACUGAGGGCUUUGUGUGUCUUUCAUCUGUUGGGUGCAACUCGGUCUUGUCUCUGGAAUUAAUUGCUGCUGGCCGUGAGCACCAAGGGCCACCUUGUUUCGCAGAGGCACAUGGGUCGGCCCAAGCCCCUGUCCGCGAAUUGACAGCCUCGCGACCACGGGAGAGCCGCCCAGACCUGUCACUUCACGAAUGCUGCUGUCGCAACGGCUAUGAGAGGUGUUUGCAGAGAGCCGAUGGCUCUCAGAGAGGUGAUGGGGCGCUGCGACCGUCACUGGCCAUGUUGAGGCGGCUGUUGGAUUCCAAUGUGAAGAAAGAGCCCUGCAGUUGGAGAAAGGGUCCCCGCCAAUCAGCAACGGGACGCGUGCCUGCCGCCCCUGCUACACAGCAAGGGCCUGUGCGCCUUCAUUUCGGGAAGGCGCUACCCUCCGACCCUCAUCACGCUGCACGCCAAUUGCUGCUGAUCGGCUCCUUGUACCUCACCACCAUGCUCUGCCGUGGGAAUCCAAUAACCACCGCAACGGCCACUGGUCCUUGCGUCCAGUCCUCUACGACUCAGUUGCCGGCUGACGACCCUUUUCCUGCAUGGCUCUUUAUUGAGGAUGCAGCCACUGAACUAAUGCCAUCAACAGAUGCCAUCAACUGCUGCCUCAUGCACCAACCCAGACUCCCAACACCUGAUGUAAGUUCAAUUCACACGUUUUCUAUGAUUGGAAGGGACAGCCUAAAGACAACUUCGCCCACUCUACCACUCCACACUUGUGUCGCAGUCAGAAUUUUGGUUCUUACUCCAACUCUGCCACAACCACAGAACAUCAGCCGCUGGCACGCCUCUCCAAACACUAUCCAUGAACCAUCCUCUUUGUCUUUCAUUUACUCCGUGCUUAGCGAGCCUCGACUCGCUUCACCCUUUCAUCUUGAACUCAGUUUCUCGACCGCCUCAUGUUUCAAGUCUUCGCUUCGAGGAAUUUUAUCGCCCGCUUUCAGCCGCAUGGUCCAGGAAGAGGUCUUCACCUGCACACGAGGACCAAAAUGGGAUUUACAGGUUCUCGCACUCCUCUGCCCCUUGAUCCUCAGAACAAACCUUGGAUGCUACGAAAUAAUUUCACUGCCACGAAGAUGGCUGCAUUGCCCCAGCUUAUUUUCUUAUCAAAGACGAGUCCCAUGUCGUCUUCCACCAACAAAUGUAUUCAUAGCAGGAUAUUCUCACUCUUCCUCUGCGCUCUUUCUUGAAUUGGAAAACCAUUUGCAACUAAGCCGUCCUGUGAGAGAAAGCGUCUGCCUUCACCAAUGGUCCGUCAAGAAUAUCUCGUGGCAUCGAGAAGGUGUACGUAAUCCUGUGCCCAUAUGCAGACGAACUGUUCACCGCUUUCUAUCAGUAAGCAUCCCGGAUGCAGUCCACGUCUCUUCAAGUGAACUCGCACCUAUCAUGGACCGACAAGCUGGCAAUUCCGUAUGUAAAAUACGACACCGAGAACUGGUGUUGUUCUCUUUAGGAGCCUUGUCGCAAAAUGGUUUCUACAAAGGAACCUGCAAGGGAAUGGCACGAUCUCUCGCACAUGAGACCACAGCUCUUGUUCUUGGGCCCACAAUCCCGAACACCCUAGAAGCAAAUCAUCUCGCAGGCUUGCCUAGGCAAAUCCUACUCCGCACAAGUCUACCUGAGGAUAAGGCCACGAGUAUCAUCCAUCUUCAAACGAAACAUCGGUUCCCCUUGCUUGGGCCUGCGCUGGAGGUUGCCAAUUGCCGCAGUGCCCAAAAAGUUAGCAUCUCUCCCAUCGCAUACCCAACCACUCGCAAGGAUGAUGUCGCCGACGAUUAUGGCGAGGCACCGAAACAUUAUGCGCUUUGUCUGAGUGGCUUAAGGGAUCUACAGCCGCAUGAGCGGCCAUCGCUUUCUAGAAGGAAGGCCAUGGCAGCUAUUAAGGACAUGGUCCUAGUGAAUAUGAAACACGGAGCCGCACAAAGCAUGGAAGAACAGUAUCAGGUAAACCAUCAAACCACUCUGACUAUCAUCACAGGAUUCUUGCAGGAGCCCACCAGUAGCAAGCCGCUCAAUACACAGCAGCAGCAGCAGCAGCAGCAUCAACACAACAACACGCCUUCGCUCGCGACGCAUACGCAAUCUCAAACAUCUAUCCAGUACAAAGGUAUCGGAAUUCUCAUUCGCACUCUUCCAAAUCCGACAAGACAACGGCUGUUGUCCUCCGGUGAAUUCUGCGCCGAAAAGGCGAAGACCUUCCUUCUCAGUCACAGUCAUAACGUUGAUAUGAUAAUUUACUUCGCAAGCAAUCCUGCACCUCCUACGUCGCGUGUGGCACAGAAAUGGCUUCGAUCCUUCCGAAUCUUAUUUUGGUGCCAUAGGGUUACCUGGAGGGCUGCAUGUGGCGUAAGGAUCCUGCUGAGCCGUUUCUCAUUACCGAGUUUGGAGAGGGCUAUUAUGUGCUGGCUUGUAUUUUGGGAGCGGACGGGAACUAUCGAUGCCGGGUUAUGUGCGAUGGUGCAAUGUUCCACGGGCUGUCCCGAGGCAACAUGGAAUGACGAUACAGCUUGCUUCUGCGUUCAGGUAAGCCCUCGCGCCUUUCAUGAUAUGCUCUUCACCCGUCACAUGAACUGCCGUCCUCUGUGCCAGAUAAGUUGGACGAUCGCCUACUUCCUCCUCAGCCCGUUGCCAAAUCGAAGGCAUCAGUCAUCGCGAUACCCUUUUCAUUCCUAUUCAGAGACCCUAGCUGCAUUCCAAGCCAUGCCAUGGCCCACCUCUCUCUCGUGUAGUAUUUUCCAGGAAUCUUCCCCUUUUGAACCAUUAUCCACUCCCCACAUUUCAUUGAUACCAGUCACGCUUUUGUGGGCUCACACCUUGGUAGCGGACUUGGCUUUCAGCCCUACUUAUCCGGGAUACUCCGAAGCGUGUUUCAAUAUCACGAGUUUUGGCCCCGGAAUGAGGUCUGACCAUUGCACAGUUAUGUCGCUAGAAGAUAUUUUGAGAGUAUAUUACACCUUGAAGAAUGGGAUUAUUGGUCUUGUCGUCUUAGAGGGUAAUACGAAACCCUUCUUUGGGAAAGGUAAUCUUGCCAAAAGUCUCUCCAUGUCUAGUGUUUUUGCUAUUAUCUCCUCAAUUGGCUUUGAACUAAUCGCACGUUCUCCGCGAGUGAUCAAGAGUGUUAGCGUUAGGAGGGUCGAAAGGGUGAAGUAUCAACCAGAAGUUGAUAAAGCGCAUGUAUUCUACCGCAGAAUAUACUCUUAUUAUUGCGGAUUUAGGGGGUAUAUGAGGUUUGACAGGAUUAUUCAUUUACUAAUCUCUUCGCAAAAGGUUCUCGACCACGUGAAGCCUCAGGGAUUUUGUGAGACAUACUGGGGCAGAGAGGAAAUCGCACAUGAGAACACAGAAGCCCCUAAUCCUUUUCUGACGCUAGCGCCUAGUCUAGCAUUCUUACCUCCACUUCAGUAG